GAAGAGCCAGUAUUUUCCAAGGAUUGUACAACAUUCUUCAUCACUUUGCCAUUAAAACAAGGUGGCCACGGGACAUUCAACCACAUCACCAUGAUCUCUAACCAAUCUGAAGGUCAAGAGGUCAACCUGCGCCACCUGACCUCAGGAAGCUGGGAGGUGUCUCACAUUCUGGCCUAUGAUGAGAACACAUACUCAGUAUACUUUCUGAGUUCAGAGGAAGGGUCAACGCAACAACAAUUGUACAGAGUCUCCACUGUGGACCCGUUUCAUAAAGAGUGCCUCUCCUGCGCUCUCUUCAAAUCAAAGUGCUCGUACUACGACGCCUCCAUCAGCCCUCAGUAUCAGAACGUCCUGCUGAACGGCAGAGGUCCUGGAAUACCCAGAACUACUUUUCACAGACUGAGUGAUAUGACCAAGCACAAGACUGUUGAGGCCAACACGGUACUAAGACUUGCUCUCAAAAACAGGAGAAUGCCAAAGUGGGAAAGAAGAAUUGUACAAAUCAACAACUUUG